AUGGGCUGUUUUAGUUCUAAAGUAGCAAGACAGUUUCCUGGACAUGAGGACCCUGUUGCCCUUGCCUCACAAACAGCUUUUAGUGUGAGUGAAGUUGAAGCACUUUUUGAACUAUACAAAAGCAUUAGCAGUUCUGUGGUUGAUGAUGGGUUAAUAAGCAAGGAAGAGUUUCAGUUGGCUCUUUUCAAGAACAGAAAGAAAGAGAAUCUCUUUGCAAAUAGGAUUUUUGAUCUAUUUGAUGUUAAGCACAAGGGAGUCAUUGAUUUCAGCGAUUUUGUUAGAUCACUCAAUGUCUUCCAUCCCAACGCCUCACAAGAAGACAAGAUAGAUUUCUCAUUUAAACUAUAUGAUCUGGAUAGCACGGGAUUCAUUGAGCGCCAAGAGGUUAAACAAAUGUUGAUUGCACUUCUUUGUGAAUCGGAAAUGAAGUUAGCUGAUGAGACUGUUGAGAUAAUUCUUGAUAAGACUUUUUUGGACGCUGAUGUAAACAGAGAUGGGAAGAUAGACAGGUCUGAGUGGGAGAACUUUGUUUGUAGAAAUCCAUCCUUGUUAAAGAUAAUGACCCUCCCCUACUUGAGGGACAUCACAACAACGUUUCCAAGUUUUGUUUUUAAUUCAGAAGUGGAUGAGAUUGCUACAUAG